CUGAGCUGGGGCAGCAUCGUUACAGCAGUGGCACAAUAUGGUGGGUUCUCAGCAACCAGCACCGUGUCUCCUGGUGGCAGAAGGUGGGCCUGACCACCACUCCUCUACCUGCUUCUGUGACAUGGGAGAUGAGAGAGUAGAGCUAGACGUCCAGUCAGCCUUCAGCUUACAAGCAGGAAAAGAAAGGAUGUACACUGGGGACCAGAGCCCAGAGGAUGAGAGUCCAGAGGAACAGGAUUUAUUUGAGUUCAUCUUCAGGUUCUUCAAAAAAAAUAAGGUGGAGAUUGCAAGUGCAAUAACAAAGCCAUUUCCUUUUCUUAUGGGCCUCCGAGACCACGGCUUCAUCCCCGAGCAGAUGUAUUUAAAUUAUCAAGAAGCUUGUAUAAAUCUGGUACCCAUGGACACAGUGGCGUAUAAUGUUCUCAGUGAACUGGAGAAAGUGUUUGACAGGACAGUUCUGGAGGCAUUAUUCAGCACGUCCAACCUGAGGGCCUAUCCCGAUUUACAUGAGAUUGGUAGAAACUUCCAAACUAUGCUUUGUGACAAAUUCUGUAACCAUGCUAUUGAUGGUGAAGAGACAAAGGAGAUGCUCAAUUGCCAACAAAGCUGUGAACAAGUUGACACCCUCCCUGAAGUUAGAAUCCCAGAGUAUCUCAGGGAUGGACAGCAGAUGAGUACAAGAGAAGAAGAUUCAUCUCAUGACCCAAAUAGUUCAAUACAGACCCAGGAAUUGACAAAUAAAUCUGCCCAAGAACAUCAACAAGCAGUGUGCUGUGAAGGGUCACCUGUCCAAAUGAAUAAUGUAAGAGGGUUAGAAGAUAGACCCAGAAUACUGCCACAUGAUGGACAAGGUAACUGUCAUUUAACUUAGCUGACAACAUCAGCUGUGAAGUUUCACGUGGAACUCUCCUUAAUGAUCAAAGUGGUUCUUACAAAAUUCAGUAUUAAAUCUUGGUUUACUUGACCUCGUGGAAGCAAAGAUGACAUUGUAUCUCCUUAUCUUAGGCCUGUGCUGGUCCCACUUUCCCUACAUGUCCUUUCCUGCCCACAGAUGGGAGAGCGACCAUGAGAACAGGAAUCUGAGCUCCUGCAUAGA